AUGACAGAGAUCCGUCCACUCAAUGGCUAUGAAAUUCCUGUUUAUUAUGUGUGUCUGACUUUGAGUGACACGUUUAACAAAUUUGAUUACACACAAUUUAGAACUGAAGUGGUGAAAGAGAUUAUCAAAUACACUCCUUUUCAUCUCACUAUAAAAACAAAAGACGGGCAUUUUUAUUGGUAUAAAUUAGACGACAAAUGGCUUAUAGAUAAUGUCGAUAUUUAUAUUACAAAAGUUCCAUUUGAAGAAACAAAAGAAAUUGAAGCGGCUGACUACAAUUUGCCACAAGAAGGUGCUCCACUGUUUCACGUUGAAUACUCAGAAAAUGGCGCAACAAGUCGUUUAAAGUUGUAUGCAAACCACUCACUAUGUGACGGGCGCACCAUCGCUAAUUUAUAUCAAGUCCUCAAGAACGCAAUUCCAAACGAAUUUCAUAAAGCCCUUCACGACGACGAACUUCCUCCAUUUGACUAUAAAAGUCUGUACACCAUCAAUGAAGAUGUUUUACACCAAAAUCCCGUCUCUUGGGAUAUCCCACACGUUCCAGUUGUUCCUCCAAUAACAAAGAAGUGUGACUACAUCAACAUCUUUGGCACUUUCGACUGUCAAAAAGUGCUUUCAUUCUGUCGAAGAUACAAAAUUGGAGUUCAGGCGAUACUAAUGGCGGCACAAGAAAGAGCUACACGACACACAAGACAAACAAAAUUCGCAAAUGAGGAAUUGAAACGUCACAAUUUCUAUUGCUCGGCUGGAGCUAACUUCCCAGCAAUCGUCGGCAAAGAAAGUAUUAUGGAAGAUCUGAAAGAGUGCAAUAUUAAGAUGAAAGAGGCGCUAAAAACGUCUGAUUGCUGCGUGCAAGUACUUUUGUCGUGCAAACAAGUUGAUGAGAAAACACUUGAAUUUACACCAACAAAAGGAGCACCAAGUUUGUCAAAAAUGCGAGUCAUUGCUUGCUCAAAUAUUGGGUAUUACGAAAACAUGAACGACCCGUAUUUGGCUGUUAGAUGUCAAUGUGAUAUCAACGAGUUUUCAGUUGUGUUGGACUCGUGGCACUCAGAAAAGAAUCUUCACACGUUUUUGUUUAUCCCUGGUAAAAUAAACCAAAAGUUUGUCAAGGAAAUAAGAAGAGAGUUGGACGACAUCAUGAAAUUUGUGUGCGAAAAUUAA